UGCCGUUGUCGGCUUCGCCUCCUUAGGCGCCGUUGGGAUUACAAUUGUUAUGAGACGUUGCCGAGGGGAGGGCUGCUACGUUGGGCGGGAGCUGCCAUUUGGCGGGAAAGGAUGGCAGGAGGCGCUGCUGGACAGUGGCAAAAGAUGCGGGAUUUUGUCUCCAGCCUAUUCCAGGGAAGCCCCGAUCUCAGCAUCCUCACUCAUGCCAUCAUUCGGAAGAAGUAUCUUGACCAUGUUGGGCUGGAGAAUCUAUCCAAACAGGAGAAGGAGCAGCUCAAACAACUGGUAGAGGAAGAACUGGUCCAGAUGAAGAUUGAUCAAUUCCCAAGCAAUGUAGAAUUGAGGACUGAAACCCAGGAUUCCUUCAAAUCUGGAGACUGCAAAAGACCCCUUCAUAUUUCCCAUAGUUUGGAGGAUGAGAUUAAAAAUGAACAGGAGCAGAAAAGGCAAAAGAUUGAAAAGAAGUUAGAAGUCAGUUCUGAUGAAAAGGAUUCUGGGAUUGAUUCCAAGAAGAGGAAGUCUUCUUGGAUCCACCACGAGAGUCCAAAACUUCUCAGGAUGUUCUCGGAUUCUUCUGAUCAAGGAGACUCCGGAGCUGGAAAUCACAGUGCUGAGUCUGAAAGCGAUGAGGAAACUACAAGGAGCAGAAGAAAACCAUCCCUUCAGGAGGCAAGAGGGCGAGGCAGGAAAUCAACAAAGGGCCAGGGGAUCAGGGGCUCACAGAAAAGGGGGGUGAGUGAAUCUGAGGAGACCACCACCAACACGGGACAGAGUGACCUUGAAGAAGAGGUCAAAGAACACAGGAAGAUCACAAAAGGGAACAGCUUGAAGCAAAGAGACUUCAAGAAAAAGGUGGACAAAGUGUCUAAAGCUACUGAUCCCAAAGGCAAAGCAAAAAACAGGAUGAUGAAUAAGCAAAGAGAGGAAAGGAGCCUAUCAGAGGGAGGAACUGAUCUGUUAGUGGUAGAAGAAAUAUCUGGGGGGGAAAGAGAAUGGAGUGAGAAUGAAGAGAGGAAGUCAUUCAGUACUAAUAAAGCACAGCAGAGGAUGGGGCCUGGAACCCAGAAGGGUUCGAAGGGGAAUGAGAGUGAGAAUGCCUCAAGAAGUGGUUCUGAUAAAAAAUAUAAUUUGCAGAAGAAAAUGGCAGACAGCCAAUGCAGAAGGAAGACUAGAGUUAUAGAGGAUUUGGGGAGCAGUUCUGAGGAUUCUGAAGGUCAACUUCCAAUGAGGAAAGAGGGAGCAAAGAAGGCCAGGAGAGAAAGAGGGAGCCAGCAGACUGGAAAUCACUCCAAACCCAAGAGGCAGCCUAAAGAGAGAGGGGGAAGGGAGAACUUGCGCAGGAAGAAACUGGAGGAAGUGAAGAUGACACAAAGGAUUCAGGAGUCCACCGGUGAAGAAUCUGAAAGUGAGUCAGGGGAGAAUAAGAGCACAGAGGCAGAAAAGAAAUGGGCGCAGGAUCCCGCUAGCAGUGAAGGGGGACCGCAAAGAGAGACGAAUCAAGGCCAGCCGAUGAAGGAGGCUCUAUUAAGUCCCCCGUCAGAAAGUGAGUCAGUUGAAAGCGAGGAUGGCGAUCCAAGGAGGACACUGGGAAAGGAGAGUAAGGAUAUCUUUGGGUCUGACUCAAGUCAAGAGGAGGAGAAGUUGAAGAAGAGAGGAGCUCAAAGAGAGACGAAUCAAGGCCAGCCAAUGAAGGAGGCUCUGAUAAGUCCCUCGUCAGAAAGUGAGUCAGUUGAAAGCGAGGAUGGCGAUCCAAGAAGGACACUGGGAAAGGAGAGCAAGGAUAUCUUUGGGUCUGACUCAAGUCAAGAGGAGGAGAAGUUGAAGAAGAGAGGAGUGCAAAGAGAGACAAAUCAAGACCAGCCAAUGAAGGAGGCUCUGAUAAGUCCCCCGUCAGAAAGUGAGUCAGAUGAAAGCGAGGAUGGCGAUCCAAGGAGGACACUGGGAAAGAAGAGUAAAGAUAUCUUUGGGUCUGAUUCAAGUCAAGGGGAGGAGAAGUUGAAGAACAGAGGAGCUCAAAGAGAGACGAAUCAAGGCCAACUGAUGAAGGAGGCUCUGAUAAGGCCUCCGUCAGAAAGCGAGUCAGAUGAAAGCGAGGAUGGAGAUCCAAAGAAAACACUGGGAAAGGAGAGCAAGGAUAUCUUUGGGUCUGACUCAAGUCAAGGGGAGGAGAAGUUGAAGAACAGAGGAGCUCAGAAGUCACAGAGAAAGAGCAUCGGUAAAGAAAUCUCCGUGCUUGGUUCUGAGGAUCUGGGAAGUGAGUUUAAGGGAAAGAAAAAAGUCCAAAACCAGCAGCAGAGAAGAAUGAAAAAGCUCCAAGGGAGGAGUGCUACCAAGGAGAAACAAGGGGAGGAAUCCAGACAGGAAGAGGACUCCAGCUCAGAAGAGGAUGAGCCCACUAUUUCUCAACAACAACAUCUUGGAAAGGAUAAAAAGCAUCAUUCUGGAAAGAACGAGGAACAUCCCUCCAUCCAACGUCUGAAACGCUAUAUCCGGGAAUGUGGUGUGCGUCAGAAUUACAAAAAGCUCCUGGCAGGUUGUCACUCUCGCAAAGCUCAGAUAAAGGUUCUCAAAGAAGAGCUGGAUAGUCUUGGCAUAAAAGGAACUCCAACUCUAGCCAAGUGUAAAGCACUAAAGCAGAAGCGGGAAGAAGCAGCCGAAGUAGCUUCUCUUGAUAUCAACAAUAUUAUUGCUACAGAAGGCCGUCCAAAGCGUCGCAAAGUCUGGAGCCUUUACAAUAAGCCCCAGGAGUCACCCAGUUCACCAGAGGAGUCGAUCGUUCGCCAUCACAUAACAGACUGGUCCCAGCUUCGAGGAGUGAUCAGUUCAGAUGGGGAAAGCAGUUGACUCUGUGGUGGAAGAGAGUCCGACAUUCAUUGAUUUCAUUGAUCUUUGGGAAGGAAAAAAGGGGUUUAAUUAAUCAAACAGCCACAAGGGAACCUCUUUUAUGCUUAAUCUUUUUUCCCCCUUCUUCUGCUCAGAAUGCAAAGAAAAUAAAUUUCUGAUACGUUAUCCUUACUUUUUAUUAUCAUUAUUGCAUUUUCCCUGAGCAAAGGAAGAACAGAAAUACCUCAGCUGAAAGCAAAUUUUCUGAAAAUGGAUACAGAAGGAAAUCUGGGUGGUUCUUUUUUCUCCUUUUAACAAGUUUUGUCAACAUUGCCAUUACAUCGUUUUUGAACUUACAUUGUGACCACUUUCCUCAAGUGUAGACAUUCCUCAGCGGGAAUAUAAAAAGCUGUGGUUUGAAUUGGGACUUGUUUCAUUUUCAUUCCAUGUAAAAACGUAGAGUAUCACUUCCUUAAUACAUUUAUAAGGCAUUCCCAUUUUCUGAAGAUUAAAUCUUUUUCUGGGCUAGAUUUCAUGUGCCUAUUGUUAUGUGAUCUGAGUCACUAUCUCUAAAUGUGACUUUUUUAACAUUUUAUGAAAACAAAGGUUUAUAUUUGUUAAAUAAAAUAUGUUUUGGACUAA